AUUUGCUCGUGUAACUCAGGUGAUCGAACGGGUGUAAACGGAGUAUGACGCAAGUCUUACAUGUGAACAGUUUUGUACCUAUCAUUACUCUGCGUCGACGUGCUUUGAUCAGAAUUUACUCUUGGCUCAAAAGUUCUUCUGUUCAGAAGAAACAUUUUUCCGUUUCUAAAUACUGUCCUUACACAAUGUCACAAGGAACUGUCCAUCAUGUUGCAAAGAGCGGGUUUGAAACAUCGAAACUUUAUGAUCAGGUCAGACCCGCUUACUCAGAAGAGGCCGUAAAGUUCUUGAUUGGUAAACUUGGCAUUUCACACCAAGAUGCUUCAUCUAAUCAGCCAGUAAGAAUCCUAGAGCUUGGAGCAGGAACAGGGAAGUUCACUGAUGUUUUACUCAAGGUUCUUCGCGGCAGUAAUGUGGAAAUAAUUGCAAGCGAGCCGCUUCUUUCAAUGAGAGAAGAGUUUAAACAAAAAUUUCCAGCCACAGAGAUGAAAGAUUUUUCUGCUGAAAAUAUUGGUUUGCCUCAUGGUUCUGUACAUGCAGUGAUUGCGGCACAGAGUUUCCACUGGUUCGCCAAUGAAAAGUCGCUUUCUGAAAUUCAGCGUGUACUUGUUCCUAGUGGCAAGUUCGGUCUGGUUUGGAAUGUACGUGAUCACUCCGUACCCUGGGUAAAAGAAAUGGAUGAUGAUGUCAUUCUUCCCCUCUAUGAGCAGUCCAACACACCAAAAGCACAAAGUGGUGAAUGGAAGAGACUGGUAAUGGCAUCUGAUAAAUUUGGGUCACUAGAAGGUGAUGAAAGUUUUAAGAAUGAACAGGUCAUGACAUUUGAUGAAUUUGUAAGGAGGCUUUUAUCUAUUAGUGUCAUAGCAGUGAAAAGUGAUGAAGAAAAGAAAAUGGAAAUUGAUAAAAUUAAAUCAAUUUUAAACAAACAUAUCAAACUAGAAACAGAUAAAGUUAUCCUUCCAUACAAGAUUGAGAUGUACUGGUGUGAGAGAAUGUGAAUUAUUCCCAAACCAAAUAAUUUAAAACUGAUUUAGAAUUUUUAUGUAGAAGACUCAUGACAAAGAACCAUUCUUUAAGAUUUAUUUAAUUAUCCAAUAAAGAAAAUUGUUUGAAUAGUUAAGGUUGUACUGGUGUGAAAGUACAUAAAUUAUUUCAGUUACCAUAUUUAUUCAAUUGAAUGUCACAGUAUUUAUUCAAUUUUUUGUGAUUCAAGUGCAGCGUUUAUACAAGGGGCAUUUAUCUAAAAUCCAAUUUAUUACUUGCAAAAAUGGUAUGGUAACUAACCAUUCUCAUUUUAAAAAGCAGAAACGUGUUUUGGUGCUGUUCUAAAAAGUCAUUUUUUGUAUUGUUGUCAAUUUCACAAUUUCCUUGUUAAUACUGCUGCAAUACAUAAAGUGAAUAGAGGAUUUGUGUCUGCAAUUAAUCAAUGAUCACUGUGUGCUUUUUGAGUCUAUUAUUCAAAUAAACACCACAUCAUGAUACAGUGUUUAAUUGAGGGUGGCGUUUUAUUAAUGUUUCUGCUCUAAAAUGUAGCAUUUAUUAGAGGGCAGUGUUCAUAUGAGGGUGGCAUUUAACCAAAUAAAUACUGUAACAGACAUUUUAAAGUAUUUUGAUAUGAAUUUUUUACAGGAGAUUUUCUUACAAAGUACCAUUUGUCAAAUUUAACAAUAUGUACACAAUCUUUAUCAUUUUACCUUAACCCUUUAACUCUCAGAUGUGAUAAACAUGUAUUUUCUCUCAAUAAUAUCCAUACAUUACCCAGCAAUCAGGUAAUGACAAUACUCAAACUUAUCAGGUAGAAGUUAUCUUAAUUUAACACCAAAUUCUGGUAACUAAUUUACAAGGAGAUGAGUAAAAGCUACAGGGAAGGAUGAAAAAUCAGAUUUUAGGAGUUAAGCAGUUGUAACAGCUGGAUUAAGGACAAGUACUGAAGUAAAUUGUUAGAGAUAAAUUAAUUGUUGAUGCUGAUUAUAUGAAGUUGUACACUUUGACGAAUAAAUUAUAUUUUUUUAUUCCUUUUUUA